AUGGCCACACUUCAAGUGCGAGAUUUUGAUCCACGAACGGCAACGCAUUAUUAUCACUGCAUACUCGCAGGUAUUCCCCACCCCGUUACUCUACAGUCAAUAUCCUCCGCAAUUGUUCCUGAUAGUGAAUGUGAGUCUGUGCAAAACCUCGAGAAAAUCGGCUGUCAGAUUGUACCAUACCGCCUUCAUGUGUUUAAGGAAACCCUUUCGCUGAAGUUUGGUGUGGUUGAUUUCUUUAUUCAUCACUCGACUUCUGGGGAGUCUGCAAAUCCCGCCGAGGUUCACGAACUAUUUUUACAGUGGUUUGGUUCUUCCUUGACUAGGGGGGUGAUGUCACUUAAUUCGUGGAUAAGUUUAGGUCAGCCUCGUGAAUUACACUCAGCUACCCCGUUUGUGUCAGCGCUAAUGGAGAAGUGCUCGUUCUUCGAUGCAAAAGUGGUUUCUGAUAUUGAGAAGUUAAGAACGUUUAUUCUGUCGAAAGUGCGGUUUGAUAAUAGGGGUUUGAACGCCCAUGCCAAUAACAGGUCACGUGUGGCCGCUUCUGAGGACUCUUCACUUCAAGAGGAACAAACAAGGACUGACUGCGGGAAUGACCCGUCCGUCGAGUGGAAAAGUGUUGGAACACUGUCAGCAUCAUCGUUGGAUUCACAGGAACUCGCUUGGCUUAGUCGUCAGCACCGUCAGUUUCCGUCCAUUGCGCCGGCAAAUGAAAGGGAGGCCUCUGCAACGUGGGAGCUGGAGCCUGUACGCACGUUUCUACAAAAGGCACUGACUCCACUCGUUGAAGUGGUAAAGUAA